CCAGUUAAACGAUCGAUCUGCCGCUAUACGAAGACUGUUUAUUCCUCUCUUUGUUUUAAAGAGAACUUGAUGCGUAUUUAUGAUAAACUUUACAACCGUUUUGACGAUUGUGUGUAUUCAUGUAAUGUGAUGGUCAUGGUAUGGUAUUAUGUCGUGUUUGCUUAACAAGGAUGACAGUGAAGUUCUGAGAUCAGCAAGGCACCUUUUGUCACUUUUGAGCAAUCAAAGACAAAGAGCUGAUGGGCCUUCUACUAGCCAGGAUAGUAACAGGCAAAGAUUCCAACCUCAUGGACAAUCAUCUCUUCGCACAGAAAUGACCAGGUCUUUUCCUGGAUUGUUCUCAAAUCGCAGAGGCAAACGACGCUUCACAGAAACAUGUCCUGUGCCCAAGAAACAAAAACCAUUUCAGGUCAUGUUUCACCUACUGCAGACCCAAUGUGAAAGAUCACCCAGUGGUCCAGAUCAACUGCUGCAUGCACAGGCAGGAUUAGGACGCAGAACUGCCACCCUGGAUGAAAACAUGACUCAUCAGGAGCUAUGUGAUACUCUUACUGAGCUGUAUCCAAAACUUGGAGGAGUUACUGGAGGCUGGCUCCUUUAUAAAGCAGCAGGCUGUCUGUCCUAUAUGUCAAGAAAGAAUGCCCCAUGACAUCUUGGAGGUUCAUGCCAGUGAAUGUGGGGAAAGAACAAUUGAUAAUACAAUGAAUGAUACUACCGAAUUGACGUUCAUGGACAAUGAAAUGAACCACAGCACUCAAGUGACAUAUAUGAAUGAUGGGGACUCUGCAGUUGGUGAAGGAGUCACCAGACACUUUUUUUCAACAGUUCUUCAAAAACUGAAGUAUGGUUUCAAUUUAAAUUUGGGAAACACAGGUGUAACAUGCCUCUUUGAAGGAGAACCAGACCAUUUGGUGCCUUCUUCAGCACAGCUUCUAAUAGAAAGCGAUCUUUUCUUGGUAGCAGGAAGAAUGCUAGGCCACUCCUUUUUGCAUGGUGGCCCGUGUCUUACAGGCCUCAGCAGAGCUUUUGUUCAUUUUCUGUUUCACAGCUCAUCUGAUACAGCCACUUUGCAAUUGGAGGACUGUCCAGAUAUUGAUGUACGAGAGACCAUCAGCUUUCUCAGUGGAGAAGUUUCAUUGACCGAGGACCAAUACAGUAAAGUCUUAGAACUUUGUUUGGCUUGGGAUCUUCCUGGUCCAACAGAAGAAAAUAGAAGGUGGCUUUACGAGCGUCUGCUGUCACAUGCGGUUCUUGGGAGAAGAACACGCCAAAUGAAACAAAUCAAGCAGGGACUGAAAGACACCUUUGUUUGGCCCCUACUUACUGACAGGAAGGAUGUAGUGUUAUUCCCCAAGGAAUCUGAGGACCUAUGCACCCCUGAGAUGCUACUUUCAUGUAUUGACUGGCCUAACGAAAGCAAUAAUAGUGAUGAUGAUGACGACGACGAGUACCCAGCUGCUACUAAGGAAAGGAUUGCUGGAUUUUUAAAGCAGUUCAUCGAGUCAGGAUCCAGCAAAGAUCUUAAAAACCUUUUGCGGUUCUGGGUCGGAUGGGAGCGGAUUGAAAAAAACAUGGGUGUGGAAGUUGUAAAAAGCGAUCUUCCACGAUCCUCCACCUGCUUUUGUAUUCUUCGACUACCAGGCCACUACACAGAGUUCCACUCCUUUUCAAAAGACUUGAUUAUGUGCAUUGGUGUUUGCAAGUAUGGUUUUGGGCUUGUGUAAUUUUUAGAUGCACAGUUUAACAUAACGUCACUGAAAGACUGUAAUCAAUGCGGUUACUGCAUUUAUCUUCUCAGGUUUUUGUUUAAGUACUUUGUUGUAGUAAGUACUUAUGUUUAAUAACAGUGAAAAUCCAGUUUACUAAGGAUUGAAAUGUUAAAAUUAUUGCAAAUUAGGAGUCUAGCAAAUACUUGUAUGUUUACUAGCAUAGAGCAAAAAUAAUUACUUAAAUAUAUGGAAAUAAA